CAUGCACCAAACGUAGAGAAAUCAAUUCCACACCCUCUCUUCCUUUCACACAUCCCUUCUUCUUUGAAUUUCACUCAAAAUUCAGAUCUAGAUCAACGUAGAAGAAGAUAAAAAGGCUGUCCCAAAUCCUAUCAAGGAGAGAGAAUUCAGGUGCUGCUUUCGGCAAAAUGUCACCGAUGUGUCAUCAGAGCCGUCGAAACAUACUAGUGGUGGUCCUAGUUCUUGCAACGUUCACGAUUCCGAUCGGUUGCUCGCAAUCGGAGAAGAUCGAUGAAGGAGCUGCUCCCGGCCCACCUGCGGUGGGGAUCACGUGUACAAUGUGUUCUUCUUGUAAUAAUCCAUGUAACCAACGUCCGCCACCUCCACCACCGUUGCCGCCGCCGCCGCCGCCACCCCAGAACCCUGUGAGUCAGAACUGCCCUCCGCCUCCACCACCGCCGUUUUUUUACUAUACGGGCACACACGGGGACUUGUAUCCAGUCGACCCAGAACAUUUUCCGUCGGGAACUCGCCGUAAUUAUGCGGCACGGCUGCCGUUUUUAUUGGGGUGUGGCUUUUUGGGCUUAUGGGCAGUUUGGUAAUUGUAUGGGCAUCUUAAAACGAGUUAGUACCUUUAAAUUUUCUUCUACUUUUAUCAGAAUUAUGAAUGAAAAUAACAAUCCAUUUCUCUUC